AUGAAGAUUGGGAGAUUGGGAGUUAUUAUUUUCCUCUGUAAGGUCCUUUUGUGUGAAUCUGCGGAGGAGUCUUCAUGCACUCCAGGCUUUCAGUCAGAGUUGCUGGUUUUUAAAGUGCACAGAGAUGAACUUCACCAAGGACAAAAACUAGGAAGAGUGAUUUUUAAUGCAUGCGAUGGAAGAACAAGAACGCUCUUCCAGUCCGCUGACAGGUGUUUUGAUGUGGACAUGGAUGGGACCGUAACCCUGAAGAGACAAGUGACUCUUCAUGAAGGCCACAAGGUGUUUUCUGUGGACGCUUGGGAAUCCAGUGGAAAGAAGCACACGGUGUCUGUCAGAGUUGAGCGUGUCCAUCAUCAUCAUGAGGACCAUCACAUGGACACGGUCAUGAACAUCUCCUCUCCACAGAUUGAAUCUCCCUCUGAUGAUCUGGUUCUAACACUUCCAAUGUCUACAAUGGAUUUAAAGAGAGCAAAGAGAGAAGCAAAGAGAGGUUGGGUUAUUCCUCCAUUUAAUAUAGCUGAGAAUAGCAGAGGUCCUUUCCCAGAGAAAAUGCACCAGAUAAAGUCGGACUAUUCUAAGGAAGCUCAGAUGCAAUACAGGAUCACAGGUGAAGGAGCGGAUCUGGAUCCUAAGGGGACUUUUACUAUAGAAAGAUUAACAGGGAAUCUGUUUGUGACUCGCCCACUCGACAGAGAAAUAAAAGCUUCAUACAGACUUAUUGCUUAUGCUGUUGCAGUUGGUGCGGAUAUCAAGGAAACUCCAAUGGAAAUGAUUGUAAAUGUGCAGGACCAAAAUGAUAAUAAGCCUGUUUUUACACAAAAUCCAUUAAAUGGAAAUGUUGCUGAAGCUUCUGUUAUAGGUCAUGAGUUUAUGACAGUCACAGCCACUGAUGCAGAUGAUCCAGACACUUACAAUGGUGUUGUCAGUUACGCAAUCGUCAAGCAAGAUCCAGAAUUGCCAAAACCAAACCUGUUUAUAAUCAACCCUGUUACCGGAGGAAUUCGUGUGAAUGCUUUAGGCUUGGACAGAGAGAAAUGGUCCAGAUAUACUGUGUUAAUUACGGCAACUGACCUGGAAGGAAGAGGUUAUGGAUCCACCGGCACAGCUGUUAUUACUGUGACUGACAGCAAUGAUAACGCACCUCAGUUUGUGCAAACCACGCACACUGUAUCUGUCCCAGAGAAUAAAGUAGGAGCUGAAGUGGCCAGACUUACAGUUACUGAUGGAGAUGAAGAGGGAUCUCCUGCCUGGUCAACCAAAUAUAAGAUCAUUGACGGUGACAAGAGUGGGUUUUUCAGUGUCAGUACUGGACCCAGCCAGCUAGAGGGCAUCAUCACCACUGUAAAGCCCCUGGACUUUGAGAAGAACAAGCAAUUCAUUCUGUCUGUGAUUGUUGAGAACGAUGAUCCAUUUGUCGGUUCUUUGGCCACUUCCACUGCCACAGUCACGGUGAAUGUAGAAGAUGUGAAUGAGCCUCCGGAGUUUAAUCCAAAGGAGAAGGUUAUCUUCAAACCUGAAGAUGUAAAAGUUGAUAGUGAAUUGGUUACUUAUAAAGCCAUUGAUCCAGACACUGCAAAAGCACAGAAGAUAACGUAUAAGAUUGGCAGUGAUCCUGCCGGCUGGCUGAGUGUUGCUCCAGACACUGGAGUUAUUAAAGUCAAGAGCCUCAUGGAUAGAGAAUCUCCCUCAGUCAAAGAUGGCAAAUACAGAGCUAUCAUUUUGGCGUUGGAUAAUGAUGGUGACGCUCCAGCAACUGGCACAGGAACCCUGGUUAUUGAAUUGGAGGAUGUAAAUGACAACGCUCCUGUCAUCAAUGAAAGGAAUAUACGAAUGUGCAAUCGUGGUUCAGCCCCAGUGCUUCUCUCUAUAUCGGACAAAGAUGGACCUCCUUUCGCUGGUCCUUUUAGAGUUGAGACCCACGGAGAAACCAGUAAAAAUUGGUCCACCUCGAUGAAUGGCACAUCAACGGGUGUCUUUCUGACACCAAAGACUGCAUUGGAGCAGGGUGACUACAAUGUUGUCCUGAAAGUUAUUGAUCAGGGUGGAUUUGAUCAGGAAAGCACCAUUCAAGCAAGUGUGUGUGACUGCGAAGGAGAAGACGUGCAAUGUAAUGACGCUUCUCUCCUAAUGUCGAUUGCGGCAUCGGAGGAAGAGCGGUCAUCUUCUGGUGAUGACUCGGCGGGACUGCCCCCUUCGGGUGUGGUGGUUCAGGCUGAGCCAGAUCCGGAAAUGGCCGCUAUGCUCGAACGGGCGGCCGCGAAUGUCGGGCUCGCAUGGAACCCUCCGGCGGGUCCCGAGCGUUAG